AUGCAUCAACAACAUCUUCCAUCUAUCAUCGAUCGGAUCAUUUCACUUCGUCUUUCGAACGAUGAUGAUACUCCACAACAAAUGGAACUUUUUCUUUCACGUGAACAUGGUCCUGAUUAUCAUUUUUGGUCUAUGAUUCCUACACUUGAUCAGCUGGUCUCACUUGAAAUCUUUCUAUGUGAUGAUAUUGACGAUACUAUUCAAGCUCAGCUUCACGAUCUUCUUGAUCUGGCACCUCGUCUCUAUUCGUUGAAACUUCGUUCAUGGCCGUAUUUACCAUUUUUUCUCACUGAAAUCAAGUCUCACUCAAUUCGUCGACUUGACUUUCAAGGAUCUGAUCGAUCGUAUCGGGAGAUGUGGUUCAGUGAUGAUGAGUGUGAUCGACUCUGUCGUUCAACACUAGGAGUACAAUGUGAAGUAUUAUUUAUUCGAGUUAAACAUCGACAGAGUAUUCUUGAUCUUAUCAAUCGAAUGAGUAAUCUCCGAGCGUUGAAUGUUCAGUGUCAAGAUAAUCGAUUGGAUGAAUCUGAUAGUCUAUCAUGGUCGAGAGACGAUGAACUUGUCACAUGGUUUGAACAUCAGUUGCCACUAACAUGGAAGAUUGCAAAAGAUCCACGCUGGCACCGCUGUAUUCAAAUGUGGGUUGGUUAA